GAAGUAGCCACCACAGCAGAACAUCACUGCUCAAUUCUGCACUACAGCUCCCACCGAUGGUUUACAGUGCAGAGCCAAACAGGUCGACUAACUAGCGGUCUACACUCAAAUAUAUAAGUCUAAGGUCUCAGUUAUUUAAAGGUCACUCAGGGAUGUCUACUAAAGAAGUGAAAGCUGCACUGAAAAGUGCCAGAGAGGCUAUUAAAAACAAAGAAUUCAAAGAGGCUUUAAAGCAUUGCAAGGCUGUUUUGAAACUUGAAAAGGAGAACUAUAAUGCCUGGGUGUUUAUCGGCCUGGCAGCCAGUGAGCUGGAGCAACCGGACCAGGCGCAGACGGCGUAUAAAAAGGCCCUGGAGCUCGAACCUGAGCAGCUACUUGCAUGGCAGGGCUUAGCUAAUUUGUAUGAGAAGACCGACCAGUGGGAUUUCAAAGCUGAGCUGCCUGAUGUCUACCAGAAGCUGGUGGAGCUGUAUGCGAGCACGGACAAAACUAAAUGUUAUGAGGUGAUCAAGAAAUUAACUGAAAGCUAUCGGUCGGACAAGGAACAUUUAAAGUUGGCAAAGCUGUGGUUGCAGUUCCUCGAGCUGAAGGAGAAAGACGCUAUAGAGAAGGCUGACCUGCUGCAGCUGUGGCAGCAGAUGAUCAAGGAGCUGUCAGGCUUUGUUGAGACACAUCAGACAGACAAUGAAACGCAACAGCAUUUGGUCAACGCUUUUGAGAAGGCCAUGGUGCUCACCUGUCCGUCCCCCGGAGAGGAACACAGGAAGCUCUCGGCUGACUACAUCAGGUGUCUCUCUAAGCUUCCACAAGCGGAGGCCAAGAUGAAAGAGGCCUGCAAGUCCAUGCUGUCCCUCUACCCCAGUCAGAGUUACCCCUUGGAGGUCCUGUGCUUGCACCACCUCAAAACAGAUGUCCAGUCAGAGGAAGCUGGCAGCUGUUUCUCUCAGCUCCUGGACAUUUCCCCAAACAAUGGUCUGGCCCACGUUGGUAUGGGCACCAAAUUGCUGCAGGAAGGCAAAUAUCUAGAGGCCAUCAGGAGCCUGGCACAAGGCUUGAAGCAAACAGGCUCCACUACCGGAUGGUGUAGUCUGGCCCAGGCCCAGCUCAAGCUGCACCGAUACAGUGACAGCGCGUUGUCCUGCUCCCAAGGUCUGACCCUGUGUGUAUCUGGAGAUGAGGAUGUGAAGAUGAAGCUGCUGAAGAUGAGGCUGGAGACCUUAGUCCGGAGUGGGGACGCCCAGGCUGCAGACCAGGCCCUGGAGACCAUGAAGCAGAUCCCUGGUGCUGAAACCGACACAGUCCUGAAAGCUUUUAAGGGGAGAGCGUAUCUGAACAAAGGGCAGGCUGAACAAGCUCUACAGGUGUCCUCUGAGCUGCUGGACUCCAUGCCAGACCUAGUCCAGGGGCUGGUACUGAGAGGCCUGGGGCAGGCCGCCCAGGGACAGCUCCAACUGUCAGAGCAGAGUUUCCUACAGGCUGCAGCCCAGGGCCCCGACGUCGGGGAGAGCUAUUUCCUGUUGGGAAAGCUCUACUGGGACAUGGGAGAGGAGAGCCGUCGGGACCGGAGCAAGGCCCACACACAUCUGCUUAAGGCCGCAAAGCUGGACCCGUACCUGGGCUGCGUGUACCGCCACCUGGGCCACUACUACCGGCAGGUGGCCCAGGACGCCGGCCGCGCCCGCGGCUGCUACAAGAAGGCCUUUGAGCUGGACGCCAGCGAUGAGGAGUCUGGGGCCGCCUUGGUGGACCUCAGCAUGGAGCAGGGAGACAUGGACACCGCUCUGGCCGUGCUUCAGGCGGUGAUCGACGACUCCACCCCUGGAUCGGCCAAGUGGGCUUGGAUGAGACGAGGCCUGUAUCACCUGAAGGUCGGACAGCAACCCCAGGCUAUAGCAGACCUUCAGUCGGCUCUGAGGGCCGACCCGGAGGACUGGGUGUGCUGGGAGUGUCUGGGCGAGGCCUACCUGAACCGCCGGAGCUUCACGGCCGCCCUGAAGGCCUUCGGCAAGGCCCACGCACUGCAGCCCUCCUCCAUCUACAGCGUCUACCAGACGGCCUCCAUCAAGCAGACCCUGGGCAAGUUUCAGGAGGCCGCCGCAGAGUACCGGCAGAUCACUGCCCGCGAGGACUACGUCCCCGCCCUAAAAGGUUUGGGAGAGUGUCUGCUGUCCCUGGCCAAAGGUUUAUUGGAAGACUACCGAGACGGAAGCGCCAUAGACCUCAUUCAACAGGCCAUCAAAAGCCACUUCAGGGCGGUGGAGCUCCGUCCAGACCUGUCCUGCUUGUGGAAGCUGCUGGGAGACGCCUGCACCACAGUCAGUGCCGUGUCUCCCAACAGAGCCCGUGUUCUGAUGCCAGGCCCGCUGGCUGGUUUGGAGCCCUCCAGCCAGAACCACCUGCUCAACCAGGCCCAGACCCUCAAAGUGGGCGAGCGGUGCUACGGCCGCGCUCUGAAGCUGAUGCCCGAGGCCCCCAGCCUUUGGUACGACCUGGGACUCAAUUAUCAUCGUCAAGCCAGCCUCCCCUGCCUUGCAGAUGGGGACAACAGCAGCCAGCCCCUGCUCCUGGAGAAGGCCCAGCAGUGUGUAAAAAAGGCGAUCAUGAUGGACAGUGGGAACUAUAGCUACUGGAAUGCACUGGGAGUGAUCGCGAUGAGCAAAGGUCUUGAGAACUUUGCCCUGGCUCAACACAGCUUCAUAAAAUCUGUUGGAGUUGAACCUAAUAACGUAACAGCCUGGACCAAUCUUGGCACACUGUAUUUGAAGAAGGAAAAUUUAGAGCUGUCACACGAGGCCUUCAAAGUAGCGCAGUCGCUGGAGCCGCUGUCUGUGAACUGCUGGAUUGGACAGGCUCUGAUAGCAGAGGCAGUGGGGAGCUACGAUACGAUGGACCUCUUCAGGCACACCACGGAACUCAGCACUCACACGGAGGGGGUGAAGGGCUACGCCUUCUGGGUGUGCUCCACCCUGCUGGAUAAGAGCAACCGGGACUCUGAGCUGUACCGCUACAACAUCGUCCAGAUGAACGCCGUGUCCGCCGCUCAGACGGCGCUCAGCAAGUACACAGAGAGGAUCCAGACUGACCCUGAUGCCCUGAUCAUGCUGGGUUUCCUCAACGAACACCUGCAGCUGAGGACACAGGCGCUGCAGGCCUACCAGAGGGCCGUGGAGCUCCUCCAGUCGGGGCCUCCUACAGACGAGCUGGCCUUCGCUCUGGGCAGCCUCGGUCGCGCGUUGUGCUCCUCAGGGCAGUGGGAGGAGGCGGUGCGCGUCUACUCCUCCACCCCUCUGCAGGAGCUCCAGGACCUGGCGGGGCUGGCUCUGGCCCACUGCAGGGCAGGACACAUACCAGAGAGCAUCAACGCCUACGAGCGUGCCCUGGCCAUCGCCUCCAGUGAGAAGGAGAAGGCCUACAUCCUGACCGCCCUGGCCCUGCUUCAGCACCGGCUGGGCGGCCUGGACUCCGCCAAGACGCUGCUCUUCAAAUGCUCCAUGCUGAAGGAGCCCAUCCCGGAGUCCCUGCUGUGUCUGUGUGCGCUGGGCCUGGACCACGGCGACGCCACGCUGGCCGCCGCCGCCCUCACGGAGCUGCUGAAGCAGGGCACGGCCACCGGGGGCGCCGUGGAGCAGCGCUGCCUGCUCACCUGCGCCCUGCUGGCUCUGCAGGGCAACUACAGCGGGGUGCAGCGGGAGGCGUCCCGGGCAGUGCACAGCAAUCCCGGAAACCCUUCACUCUGGGCUCUACUGUCCAGACUGGUCCCACAGUACUGCCCAAAGAAAGCAAAUGGUGGUGCAGUGGCCGGCCAUGUCGCCUGUCUCGCCAGUAUGACACAAGGAAAGAGGGCGCUGUUGUACAGUGGCGUGAACCAGCUGGCAGGCGGCAGACACUCUGGAGAAGACAGGCAUAGAAAUGCCCUGAAGACCAUGCAGAGAGCAGUGCUGCUCUGUCCUGACGAUCCGGCCGCAUGGGCCAGCCUCAUGGCCGCCUGCCACACGGAGAACGCCGCCCGUUUCCUCUCCCAGAACGCCACCCGCACCGAGGGGCUGGAGCCCACGCUCAUGGCGGUGGUCUCCGAGAAAGUGCGCUGCGUGGAGGAGAUAGAGCGGCCCCUGGCGCAGGCUUUGGAGGCCUGGGUGCUGCAGCAGGCUCUCGCUGGCCUCACACUUGGGGGGAGGCUGGAUGAGGCAGAGGCCCUCUGCGCACAGGUGCUGAGCGUCUCUCCGGAGCACCCUGCCAUUGUGCUGUCCCUGAGGCGGGUGCAGUGCCAGCGCCUCCUGCUGGCCGGGGCGGGUACCGCGCUGCCGGACGCCGUGCUGGAGCAGCUCAGCAGCAGCGUCAUGGUUAACCCCACCAACCUCGGGGCUUGGCAUUGGCUGGCCGAGCUGUAUCGUAGCCAGGGCCUGCUGAUCCAGGCCGUGAUGGCCUACAGACAGAGCCUGCAGCUCGCCUCCCAGCUGUGCCUGCCCAGUGCACAGAUAGCCAGCCUGCUGGGCUUGGCCCUGCUGGCCCUGGGGCCGUGCAUGGCUGGUGUCCAUGGCAACGAGUGGAAUGAGCUUGUUCUGGAAGCCACUUCGGAGGCUCUGAAGCUGGCUACCUCCUCCAUGGCGCUUCUCUUCCAGGCACUUCUUCAGUUUGCUACCAAGAUGGGGGCUAGGGAGACCAGGCGCCAGCUGGAGAGACUGGCCUACCCUCCCUGUCCGGGGGAGCAGGCGGGCAGCGUGGUGCAGGUGGCCCGCUGGUACCUCCUCAAACACCUCCACGCCAAGAACGACCAGGAGCUGAUGGACACUCUUCUGGAACAUGCCAAAGGGAGCGGAGACCAGAGAUUGCUCACUUUGUAUUCACAUCUCACCUCCUCAUCUUCCUAAGCCUUCCCCAGAGAUAUAUCCUGCAUUAGAAUAGUCUCAUGUCCUCAGAGCUGUGUUUAGCCCAGGAUCUUGGUUUUAUAGCGUCCAGACUUGUGUGCCUCCAGGGUAAUAACUACGGUAGCAGGCACCUGGCUUACCUCCAUGACUCAUUCCCACCGCUCAGACUGCAAUAAACAAUGUCUCUCUGAA